CCUCGAGGGAGAGCCGAGGCGGGCGCUGUCCAGCCCCGCGACGGUGACACAGCCGGGGAGGGUCGAGGCGCUCGGACGUCGGGGCGGCCACCAUGGUGGCCACAUGCCUGCAGGUGGUGGGCUUCGUCACGAGCUUCGUGGGCUGGAUCGGCGUCAUCGUCACGACUUCCACCAAUGACUGGGUGGUGACCUGCGGCUACACCAUCCCCACCUGCCGCAAGCUGGACGAACUGGGCUCCAAGGGGCUGUGGGCCGACUGCGUCAUGGCCACCGGGCUGUACCACUGCAAGCCGCUGGUGGACAUCCUCAUCCUGCCGGGAUACGUGCAGGCCUGCCGAGCCCUCAUGAUUGCUGCCUCCGUUCUGGGUCUACCGGCCAUCCUGCUGCUGCUGACCGUUCUUCCCUGCAUCCGAAUGGGCCACGAGCCCGGUGUGGCCAAAUACAGGCGGGCCCAGCUGGCUGGCGUGUUGCUCAUUCUGCUGGCUCUCUGCGCCAUCGUGGCCACUAUCUGGUUCCCCGUGUGCGCCCACCGCGAGACUACCAUCGUGAGCUUCGGCUACUCCCUGUAUGCGGGCUGGAUCGGCGCUGUGCUGUGCCUCGUGGGUGGAUGCGUCAUCGUCUGCUGCUCUGGGGACGCCCAGUCAUUUGGUGAAAACCGUUUCUACUACUCUUCCGGUUCCAGCUCCCCAACUCAUGCCAAGAGUGCCCACGUAUAAGAGAGCUGCCAGGCUGCCCCAGAGGUGCUAUAGAUGCUGGUCCUGGGGCCCAGGUUUGCUUGCCAUAGUUAGGGGAAGCCCAGUUCUCCGCCAGGCACCAAAGCCGAAGUUCUAGAAAGCAGCCUGUCUGGCGUUUUGCAGUCUUAAUACCCCUCCUCCCCAUCACCUUUCAGUUGCCUUAGAAGAUAUCUCUAGUUCAGAUAAUGGCCACAGUUUUCUCAUGGUGUUGCCUGCUCUUAAGUUCUUUUCACGGGCGUUCCUUUGUCGUUUAUUAAAAAAUAAUGUCUUAUUUCUCUUUUAAAGUUUAAAUGUCUUGCAAACAUUGAUGACUUGGGCAUGGGGAAUGAAAUAAAAGACACUUUUCAAAUGGA